GAAUUUCUACUCAGGCAAGACAAUGUCGCCAGCAGUAACCAUGGAAUGAAGUCUCAUUUUCGAUUUCAUUUGAAGUAUUACCUCUCUGGAUUCAUUCUGGUUGCAGGAUUUACUGAAGCUUUGAAAUUCUCAUGUUGUGAAUUGCGUCCACAUUUCUUCUACACAUGUUUGCCAGACAUGAGCAAAAUUAAUUGUUCGGACGGGUAUAUUACAAAUUUUAAUUGUACUGGAGAGGGACCAGAAUGGUUGGUAGAAAGAGAUAUUUAUAAAUCUUUCCCUUCUGGACAUGCAUCAUUUUCUUUUUAUUCCUUUGUAUUUAUGAGUGUGUAUAUUGUUUCAAGAAUGAGACAUGCAUCUAAAUCACUUGUUAAUUCUGCAUGUAGCAGAGGCAUCCCUAUACUUUGUUUAGUCUGGACACUAGCGUGUUGCAUAACAAGGAUUCUGGACAACAGACACUUUUGGUGGGAUGUUUUAUCUGGAGUUGUUAUUGGUUUAGUUGGUGGCUUAGUUACAGUCUUUGCAUGUUUGAAAGCAUCUGCUGAAAAAAAACCAGCUUCCAAAAAUAGUUAAUCAAGGAGGAAUUCUUAUGUGCUCAAACAAGAGGUGUAGUUGUUUUGGAUUGUAAAGUGUGAAAUACGUAUCCACUUUCCUAAAAAGUAUUUGAAAAAAUAAUUAAGAUAAUUUUCUUUUGUGUAUCAGUUGUUCAAAUGUAGCAGAUUUCGUUUCAAAUGUCUAAAAAAUUGGUUUUUAACUAAGUGAGCUGCUGUAAAAGAAAAUAAUAACCAUAAUUAAGGGUGUUGUAUAGAUUAAUUUUAUAUUUAACUUUCAACUGAAUGUAAUUUCUACUUAUUUUUAAUCAAAUAUAUUAUGCAUUCUUUUAUUUAUGCAACAAUUUUUCUUGCAAAAAAAAAAAAAAAAAAAAAGAGUGAUACAAAUUAAAGCAGAAAGAAAAUUGUUGCUUAGUGUUAAUUAGCACUAUAUACAAAUAGUACAAUGUAUGUACUUGUCAAAAUGUUUUUGUUUUCUAGUGAACUUUUGUCUAGUAACUGCCUUCUGUGAUACAUUGAUAGUUGCCAUUUUGCAUGCCCUCCCUCAUAGGAUACAAAGAAAAUUUUGAAGUAUCAGAAUAGUCCUAAACUUCAUUUGUUUUAAGAAUGCUUUCUAUGACAAUCAACACAUUCCUCUGUAAGUCUAUGAGUUCUAUUAGAUAAGAAUUUUGCUUAAACAUUUUACUCAGAAGUAAAAGAAUGCUUUGGUAAUAAUGAAGCUAUGGCAGCUAAUUGAACUUAAUAUUUUGUUUGUUUUGUUUGAAAGUAUUUUUAUUAUGUGAACAAAUGAAGUAAUUAAUAUUUUGAUUACUUCUCGGCUCUGUGAGCAUAA